CAGUCUGUACUGCAUUGGCACUGGCUUGGAAAGCAAAAUAGAACAGAAAAGAGAGAAAAAGGAAGCGAGAGUUUUUCUGGUGAUCCUGGAACAACUGCAACACUGCACUGAAGGAGGAGGGAGGGCAAGUGGGAGGAGAGAAAGAGAAGGAGGGAGAGAAAGGAAAGACAGAAAUAGUCACACACAGAAGCGCAAAACAGACUGUCAAGGAAUAUCUGUCAAGGAAUAAUUUUCCUUCCCGUUGAGUCACUCUAUAAUCUUCCUCCUCCAGCAUGCCUUUGUUCUUCCUCCUCUCCUCUUUUUUUAAAAUCUUAACUUGAACUAUUCAUGCAUUAAAUUUUGAAUGCAUCUUUCUCCUCUCCCUGACUCUCACUGUCUCUCUUUCUCCAUCUCUCUCUCUCUGUCUUCCUCCCUCCCUUCUCCUCACCACCUGUUAGUCUUGAUUCUCUCUUCACCGGUAUUUCCAGUUUUACGGGGGAGUUUCACACUCACGCUAAUACGAAGGUAAAACCCAUAGAAGCCUUAAGACACGGAUCAGUGAGCACCGCAGCAAUAUACGGACAGCCCUAUGACUGUGCGAAAGGGAAACAAGCGCCUGACCAUCUCCAUCCAGGAACACAUGGCCAUUGAUGUCUGUCCCGGGCCAAUCCGCCCCAUAAGACAGAUCUCUGCCUACUUUCCCCGCCUCUCGCCCACUUCCUCCGUCUCUGAGUUGAAUCCAGCCAAUCCAUCUGGGUUUCCCUCCACGCUCAGCCCCAGCAGCGGAGGAGGGGCAGUAGGGGGAGGAGGAGGUGGUGGCGGUGGCCUGUUGUCCCCACUGUUGGCGGGGGCAACGGGAGACGGCGGAGGGGGCAUGUUGUCGGCCAUGGGUAGCAUGGACACAUCAAUCGAGGUUGACAGCUGUGACAGCGAUGACAGCACCGCCUUGGGGACAUUGGAGUUUGACCUGCUGUAUGAGAGAGCCACCAGCUCCUUACACUGCACCGUAAUCAAAGCCAAGGGUCUGAAGCCGAUGGAUUUCAAUGGCCUGGCCGAUCCUUACGUCAAGCUGCACCUGCUCCCAGGAGCCUGCAAGGCGAACAAACUGAAGACCAAGAUCGUGCACAACACCCUGAACCCUGUGUGGAAUGAAAGACUCACCUACCUGGGCAUCACAGAGGAGGACAUGUACAGAAAGACACUCAGGGUGUCUGUGUGUGACGAGGACAAGCUGACACAUAACGAGUUCAUCGGAGAGUCGCGAGUGGCCCUGCGCCGCGUGAAGCCUGACCAAACCAAACGCUUCAACAUUUGUCUGGAACACCCACCGCCCCUUCCCUCCCCUUCUGCAAUGAGUGCGGCACUGAGAGGCAUUUCCUGCUACCUGAGAGAGUGGGAAAGUGAACAGCAGAGGAGUCUGGAGGAGAGGGGUCGUCUGCUGCUCUGCCUGCAGUUCCUCCCCACGUCCGGUGCGGUCGAUAAGGCCAAAGGGGAGGAGAGGGCCCACGGAGGGCUCUGUGUGGGUGUGCGACGCUGCGCCCACCUAGCCGCCAUGGACGUCAAUGGAUUCUCAGACCCCUAUGUCAAAACGUACCUCAAGCCAGACCUGCAGAAGAAAUCCAAGCAUAAAACAGCCGUCAUAAAAAAGACUCUUAACCCAGAGUUUAAUGAGGAGUUCUUCUAUGAGAUCUCCUUCACGGAGCUGUCCACCAAAACCCUGGAGGUCACCGUCUGGGACUACGACCUAGGGAAAUCCAACGAUUUUAUUGGAGGCGUGUCCUUAGGCUGUCACUCGCAAGGAGAAACUCUCCAGCAUUGGAUAGACUGUCUGAAGAACAAGGGCACAAAGGUGGAGCGAUGGCACACGUUGACCAAUGAGCUGCCUGGAUCGACAUUCCAUGAAUGAAAAUGGGCCAAUAAUAAUAUCUCACCACUGUACUGUUUUUGGCCAAAAUGUUUGGCUAAAUUGGGAUUAUGGAUGAAAAGGUGUUCAUCAUCGCAUGUUAUGAAGAUGUAUUCUGCAUGACUUGAACAUUUGAGUUCAGAAAGAAAUGGUAGGGGUGUGGGGUUAGUUGAGCCAAAGGGGUUAGUUAAGGCAUCCUUGUUUCUAAGAAACCAUACACAAAAUGUAUAAUUUGGCCAAAUACUUAGGAAGCGGUCAUCAUUUCAUGGAAUCUGUGAAGAAGGGUUUCCUAAACUCGGUCCUCGGGACCCCAAGGGGUGCACUUUUUAAAAAUUCCCUAGCACUACACAGCUGAUUCAAAUAAUCAACUAAUCAUCAUAUUAUGAUCAUUUUAAUUAGCCAUGUAGUGUUCAGGCAACAAAAAAACAAAAAACAUGCACCCCUUGGGGUCCCGGGGACCGAAUUUGGGAAACGCUGCUGUGAAGGAAGAAACCAGGAAAAAGUGGGACGCAAGUCAGGUCCCCAAAAAUGAUUUUCACCAAGUCAAAUGAAUAUGUGUUAGAGGUUUCAUGAUGCUUGUAUUUGAACCAAAGUAGAUCAUUUUAAGAUUGUUCUAUACAUCAGUUGGGGUCUUUAUGAGUUUCAAUAUGAGGUCCUAAACCUAGCAUGAAGUUCAUCCUUGUAGCUGUAUGGGCUAAUAUAGUCAAAAUGUUUACAUUUUGGGUAAGUGUUUUCUUGCCAGUCAUAAUGCAAGGCAUUAUCGCUGGGACAUGAGGUAAUAACAGGGCAUGGCCUAUGUUAAAAAUGCUUCAAAUGAUUCAAAGACAAAAAGUGCUUGUGAUUGUGUUGAAUUGUGUUUGGAAAAUAAAGAUAGACAUGGUUUUAAAAA